AUGAGCGAGAGAACGCCUACAGCACCCACAUCUCAAAUACCUGUCGCCUGCCGGCCCGGCUUCGCGGACCGCCUGGCGCCGCCCUACCUGGCCGUCAUCUUUACCAGCCAGCGCCGCGGGCGGGACGAGGCAUAUGAUGCAACCGCAGCCGCCAUGGCACGCCUGGCUGCAAAGCAGCCGGGCUACUUGGGCGCCGAGAGCGCACGCGGCGCCGACGGGCUGGGCAUCACGGUCUCUUAUUGGCAGGACGACGCCUCCGUAGCGGCCUGGCGGCAAGAGCUUCGCCACGCGUCGGUGCGCGAGCUGGGGCGCGAGCGUUUCUACAGCCAUUACGAGCUGCGCGUGGCACGGGUGGAGCGGGCGUACGGAUGGGACGAGGAAGACGGCAUCGCUGAUCCCAUGGGCCCAGCAGGAGCAGGCGGCACCUCCAGGGCAGCAGGCGACGGUAUUUGCAGCGGCGGCAGCACUUGA